UUUUCUUCUCGGGCGUGUAAAAGUGAAAAUGCGAGUGGGCGGCGACGAAGCGGCGGCGACGACGAUGCGCGCGAUUUUCUCGCGUUUGGCUGGCGGAACGUUCAAAAUGGCACUGGCCGGCGGUCCACGGCGAUCUCCGAUCGGCUUGACAGUCCAUGGAGCGCCCAGCGGACCCCUCGUCACUUAUUCCGGAAUAUAA